AUGAACAACACACACCCCCGACUGCGAAAGUCAACCAAGAUCGACCCUGAAAUGAUGGCCGGGUCCCUCGAAGCAAACACGACAGCCCACGAGCAAGACUCAUUACUCAGAGACGAGGCUGGAUGCGACGGCAAUGGAGAGGACUCUGCAGAGUUGCGUGACACAAACCCCAAAUCAAAGCGUGCUCUGUUCCUAGGCAACUCUGUUGUACGUGUGCUCAAGAUUACCUUGGGAUGCAGCUACAGCAAUUUACUACUGCCGUUUGUGUUUUUGGGCAUACUUGCGGGGAGUCUAGGAUGGGAUGACUCGAUUUCUUUCGUGUUCAACUUCCUGGCGAUUCUUCCUCUCGCGGCGUUGCUGUCGUUCGCCACAGAGGAACUGGCAAAAAGCGUCGGGCAGACCGUCGGAGGGCUGAUUAAUGCAACGUUUGGAAAUGCCGUUGAAAUGAUUGUGGGGAUCACUGCGGUUCGGCAGGGAGAAAUCAGCAUCGUGCAGUCCAGUAUGGUGGGCAGUAUCCUGUCGGGAAAUCUUCUGAUCCUCGGUGUUUCAUUGUUCUGCGGCGGGUUUGCAAAAGAUGUCGUGAAAUUCAACGUGGAUGUUAGUGGGAUACUGUCAUCCUUAAUGGUGGUAUCCUCUGCAACAUUAAUCAUCCCAUCCGUCCUCUAUUCAACCAUACCAUCCAAGUCCCAGGAAGUGGAAGCCAGCGUCCUGAGUCUCUCCCGUGCCGCCUCCGUGGUUCUGCUCACAUUCUACUUGGUCUACCUAUACUUCCAACUGAAGAGUCAUUCCGAGCUGUUUGUCGACGAUAAACAAGAAGAAGAAGAGGAAGAAGAGCGAGUUCUGGGCCCCUGGUCGGCAAGCAUCAUUUUGAUCCUUGCAACCCUCGGGGUCACCGUCUGCUCUGAUCGUCUGGUGGACAGUGUCGAUGGCUUUGUAGACAAGUGGCAUGUGAGCCGGGCUUUUAUUGGCCUGAUUGUGGUUCCCAUUGUCGGUAACGCGGGAGAGUUCAACACUGUCAUCAAUUCUUCGAUCAAAGGGAAUAUGGACCUCGCGAUUGGUGUGGUUGUUGGAAGCACGUUGCAAAUCGCAUUGUUUGUGAGCCCGUUCCUGGUCAUGUGUGGCUGGAUUAUUGGACAGCCCAUGUCCUUGCGUUACAGUCCCUUCGAAACUGUGGUUUUCUUCCUAUCGGUAAUAGUCAUGGACUGCUUGAUUCGCGGAGGUCGAUCCAACUACUACGAAGGGUCUUUAUUAGUUGGAACAUAUCUGAUAAUCGCCAUUGCAUUCUACGUGCACCCAGACGCAGUCGAUGCACCAUUCGUUUAA